GCAGAGACUAACGUGGUGAUUGCGCGCCAGUAAGAUGGUACGAUGGCUGUUAGGUUGCUUGUUCUGGUCGUGGGAAGCGCGGGACCCGUCAAAUUUGAUGCGCCGGCCAACUCCGACGAGUGUCUACCUACAUGUAGCUUCUGCUCUUUCUCUCUGCUUUGGGUUCAACUUGAAUGUGUUUCUUGUUGUAUACGGUAUAUGUUCAAUGGAUCAAUGAAAAGAAACUCAGAACAUUCCAUUGAUCAAGGCAGGUAUACUCCGUACACAGCAGACGUGCCAAGCAGGAAGUCAAUUACCUUGAUGGACCCAACUUCCAAGGGAUCCCAUGGCUCUUUUUUUGCCCCUCAUUCACCCCCCGUCUCUGAGUCGAAACUGCGACAACAACUGUGUAAAAAUCGCAUGGGAACUUUAGCAACCCCUGCCCAUCUGCUCGCCCAUUUCCAGUUGACAGUGUGAAGUGCACCUUAUCAAUCAGCUUCCGUCCCAUCACAUUCGGGCAUGAAAGCUUGCUGGUUUUAGGAGUGUCGUGCAGGUGCUGCCAAAGUCCCACAGAUUCGUCAUCCUCCCAUUCACAAGUACACAACCCCUCCCCCUCCCCCUCACCCUCCUCCUCCUUGCUCCGAGCUUUGUCACGAUCGCGCCGUUGUAACACGCG